AUGGUUGGCGGCGCACCAAGAGACAAGUUUCGUGCGGUGUGGUUGGUGUUCUUCAUUCUGGGUUUAGGAACGCUGCUGCCGUGGAACUUUUUCAUGACGGCCACCGUGUACUUCACCGGCCGUCUGAGGGAGUCGAGGAGCAACGGGACGGCGGAGGGGGCGGAGUCCGUGCGCGGUGUCCUGGAGGCCAAGUUCAACAAUGUCAUGACUUUGUGCGCCAUGUUGCCUCUCCUCCUUUUCACCUGCCUCAACUCUUUCCUGCACUCGCGGGUUCCCGAGCGCGUUCGCGUGGCGGGCAGCCUAGCGUUCAUCCUGGCCGUCUUCCUGCUGACGGCCGUCCUGGUCAAAGUCUCGCUGGAGCCGGCUCCGUUCUUCGCCGUCACCGCCGUCAGCGUGGUGGUCAUCAACUCCUUUGGCGCCGUGCUGCAGGGGAGUCUCUUCGGGAUGGCGGGCACCUUCCCCGCCGCCUACACCGCGCCCAUCAUGAGCGGCCAAGGACUGGCCGGGACCUUCGCCGCCUUGGCCAUGAUCUGCGCCCUCGCCAGCGGUUCGGAAGUGGAAGAGUCAUCUUUCGGUUACUUCAUCAGUGCCUGCGUGGUCAUUUUGGCCUCCCUGGCGUCGUAUGCCGUUUUGCCAAAACUAGAGUUUUUCCAGUUCUAUCAUGAGAAGAAGGAAGAAUGUGACGAUGUCCAGGUGAAGCUGUCCCGUCCAGAAAGUGCGGAGGAGAAGGAGGAGGGCUCCAAGGGGCGCGGCCACGUCUCCGUGGUGAGCGUUUUCAAGAAGAUAUGGGUGCUGGCGGCGUGCGUGUGCACCACUUUCACCAUCACCAUCGGAGUCUUCCCCGCCGUGGCGGCCGACACCAAGAGUACGCGGGCGGCGGGAGGGACCUGGGACACGUACUUUGCGCCGGUGUUGUGCUUCCUGCUCUUCAAUUUGUCGGACUGGUGCGGGCGGAGCCUGAGCGCCUUCUGCUCUUGGCCGGGACCGGACGGCUGCCUCCUGCCCAUCUUGGUGUCUUGCCGCGCCAUCCUGGUUCCCGCCUUGAUGUUGUGCAACGUGCAGCCGCGCCUUCGUCUUCCCGUGGUCUUUGAGCACGACGCCUUCUUCGCCGUCUUGGUGCUGCUCUUGGCUUUCAGCAACGGCUACCUGGCCAGCCUCGCCAUGUGCUUCGCACCCAAGCGGGUUCUUCCAGAAGAGGCGGAGACGGCGGGCUCCGUUAUGGCCUUCUUCCUGUCUCUGGGUCUGGCUUCGGGCGCGGCGCUUUCCUUUGUCUUCCGAGCUCUCGUUUGA